UUAUCUCUGGCUGGUGGGAUUGUGAGUGAUUUUCCUCCUGCUUUAUACUUUUCUGUACUUUUAACUUUUCUACAGCAGGCAACUUGUAUAUUGGAGUGGGGAGGAGGUCAACAAAAUAAUUUGGAAAAAGGUAAUAAAAGAAGUCAGAAGGGUGAUGGGGGUUUGUAAAAGCAGAGCUCACUGAAGACAGAUUCCAACAAACUGCCUGGUGGAAAGGGUGGGGACAAUGGGAGAAGAUCCCAAAGUGAGCUGGGGAAAGCCUUCACUUCUUGUCGUGUUCACCGUGCUGGGACCAGGAGGAACAAAGACACAUGAAGAUCAUAGAUGAGACCACGGCCCAGCUACAAGACCUGAAGAAUCAGCACCUGGCCAGGAAGUCAGAGGUGAAUGACAAGAACCACGAAAUGGAGGAGAUUCGUAAGAAACUGGGGGGUGCCAACAAGGAAAUGACCCAUUUACAGAAGGAGGUAACAGCCAUUGAGACCAAGCUUGAACAGAAACGCAGUGACCACCACAACCUGCUACAGGCCUGCAAGAUGCACUGUCUAAGGGCACCAUGGACGAUAUUAGUCAGGAAGAGGUGAGUAUUAUUGCUGGUGGUGGGUGUGGGCUGUGAACAACAUAACCAGGAAUGGGGGAUGAAGGUGGCUAGGGAGGGAAGGUGAGAGAGAGAGAGAAAAGGAUGGUGGGUGCAGGUGAUGAGAGACAAAAGGACGGAUGCAGGGGAGAUGAGGCAGGGUGAGGCUGUGAAGGCAGGUGAGGUGAAAGGUAAUAGC